UGAAAAAGAAUCCAAUAUCUCUCAAAUUUUCAUUUGUAAAGCAAGUUCUUAUGCAGUUCAGUACUUGUCAACAAAAGGUAUCCAGCCAUCUGCUAAGUUUGUGAGUCAAAUACUGUCGCAUAAAAUGGAAGACAUUAGAAUCACAAUGGACGACGCUCCGAGUUUUCCUCAAAUACCCAAAAUUCCAUUAGUUAUGCGACUUGAGAACCAGAACAUGAGCGAUGACUUUGAUCCUAAAGUCGUUUCAUUGGGGCCCUACCAUCAUGGAAAGCCAGAGCUCAGGUUUGUUGAGGAUUUCAAACCUAAGUCUCUAGAAAUGUUUAUUACAGGCAGUGAUAAGGACCAAGAUUUCUUGCUCGAGAAGAUUCUAGAAGAGAUCGAGGUUACUAAAAGUUGUUACAUGGAAGAAUUCACGAGCCAAUAUAAUGACAAUGAUUUUGCUCGAAUGAUGCUUCUUGAUGGAUGUUUUGUUCUAAACCUUAUUGAGACCGAAAGACAAGACUGUUGUUUUAAAGUUUACAAUACUAUUUUGCAUCUUGGUAUUGGAGUUGUUUCCUUUAUUGUGCGUGACAUGUUUUUGGUUGAAAAUCAAGUACCUUUUCAAGUUCUCAAACUCUUGUUCAACUUGAGAUUUGGUGGAGAUCAUGGAUUUGAAGAAAUGUCGAAAACCUAUUGUUAUAAUGUUCUUUUCGGCCAACACGAGCCCAAAAAUAAUGUGUCAAUGGAUCCACAACCCGCUCACCUUUUUGAAAUUUUUCGAAGAGUGGUUGUCCAUACUACUACAACAACAAUCCAGGAUAAUCUCACAACUGGAGUCUUGGAAGAGGUUGUCAGUAGUCGUGAUCAACAUAUCACGUAUUCAAAUGUUGAUAGUACCAACGAACAGAGACGGACAACUAGAGUAAUGGAUCUUAUAUCAAAAGGCAUGAAUCAUUGUGGAUGUCUUGAUGAGAAGGAAGAAGGUGACACAAUAACAGAAUCAUCUCAUGCAUUUCAUUCAGUAAUGGAGCUGAAAUCAAAGGGCAUCCAUUUUAUGCCUAGCGGGUUUGGCUCUUUGUUGGAUGUAAAGUUAACAUCAAAUUAUUUCUACUCGAAACUCUCACUUCCAUGUUGGUAUAUCUCAAAAUAUACUAGAGUAUUUUUCCGAAACAUGAUAGCUUAUGAGACUGGUCCAGGUAAAUUUGACGAAUUACCUGUAUCUGCUUACAUAUAUUUUAUGAAAACCCUUAUUAUUUCACCUAAAGAUGCGACAGAACUACGAAGGAAGAAGAUUAUAUUCAACACAUUGGGAAGUGAUGAGGAAGUAGUACAAGUUUUCAAAGCAUUAAACACUUAUGGAGAUGAGUAUCCAUAUAUUUACAAGGAUGUUAAGGAAAAACUUGAACAACGCUUUAACAACAAGUCACAAACUUGGAUUGCUGAAUUGUUGGAUAUUUAUUUUAGGAGUCCUUGGUCUCUACUUGCUUUGGUUGCUGCUACUUCCCUUCUUUUCCUUACUAUCCUCCAAACUUACUUUGCAUCUCCAUUUUAUUCUUAUGUAAAAAAAUCUUGAUUUGUUUACAAUAUUAUGUUGGAUGAAUUAAUAUUCCUUCCAUAUAUACA